UUAUGCCAUAACCAAAAUAAUUGUACCACAAAGCUCAACCUCAAGGCACCUCCAUCAAUUCCAAUUUGGCAAUUUCCCUAAUUACACCUCAUUCUCAUAUUUCCUUUAAACUUUCUCCCUUCCCAACCUCUUUUCCAUCAAUCCUCCCCACCAAAAACAAAUCAAAACCCCAAAAAGCCUUUUCAUCUUCAUCAAAAUCUAUCCCAAAAACAUCAACAAUUUUCUAAAAAAUGGGUAAAAUUCAAAUCAAAACAUUCCAAUUCUCCAUACUUACAAUCUUCCUUCUAUGUUCUACACUUGUUCCUCCCUCUUCAUCCUCCAUAACUGUCCAUGAACUCCUCAAAAAGAAGGGUCUCCCUGCAGGUCUUCUUCCGAAAGAAGUAAAAUCAUAUGAAUUCAAUGAACAAAAUGGGUUUCUAGAAGUUUUUCUUGACGGUCCAUGUUUGACGAAAUUCGAGAAUAGGGUUCUUUUUGAGAGUGUUGUGAGAGCUAAUCUUACUUAUGGUGAACUUAUGGGUGUUGAAGGUUUAACUCAGGAAGAGCUUUUUAUAUGGUUACCUGUUAAAGAAAUUGCUGUUUCUGACCCUUAUUCUGGAAUCAUCUUGUUUGAUAUUGGAAUGGCUCAUAAACAGCUUUCUCUCUCACUUUUUGAGGAUCCUCCUAGUUGUAAACCCAAAGAUGAAUUAAAGUAUAGUGGAAGGAAAGACAAAGGAUUUGGAGCUGAGAGAUGAAGAUUUGAUUGAUGAUCAAAUCAAGCAUGUGAUUUCUUCCCUUUUCUUCCACUGUGUGUUUAAUUUGAUGAUAAUAAUUGUGAUUAUUAUGAUCUUAAUUGAGUGUUAAUCAGUGUGUUGAUAGGGUUUGUUGGAUAAAAUUGUAUAGAUCCAAAUUUUGAUAUCAAAUUUUGAAUGUUUGAGAUUCCUCCUUCUUCUAACUAUUGUUUUGUUUUUAUUUUCACCCUUUUUUACAACUUUAUAUUCUUAAUAGAUAAUACUCUUAAUUUAUAUUAAUAUAAUAAAAGCAAAUACUACCUUAUUUUAGUUAUA